UUGGGUGCGAUCAUCCAAUUGUGUUUGUUUGGGAAUUCAUUUUAUUUCUGAUUGAUUUUGAAUAAUAAUUGAUCAAGAUGAGAUCAAUAACAAUAUCUCAUCAUAAAUUAGCGGAAAAGCUAACGAUUCUAAACGAUCGUGGAAUCGGAAUGCUUACUCGAAUCUAUAAUAUUAAAAAGACAUGUAGCGAUCCUAAAUUAAAACCACAAUUUUUACUUGAUAAAUCAAUGGAAUCGAUCAUUAAACAUGCCGUGCGAAAAUUUCCCGUUAUUUCCGAUUAUAAAAGCAAUAGUCAAUUCGCCGUUUUAAGUCAAAUCAAAGAGAAUAUAACAAAAUCAUUACAAUUAUAUUAUUUGACAUUUGUCGAUCUAUUGGAUUUUAAAGAUCAUGUUUGUGAAUUGUUGACUACAAUGGAUGCUUGCCAGGUCUCCCUAGAUAUUAGAUGUAAUUUUGAUUUAACCAAAGCAUAUUUGGAUUUGAUUGUCACCUAUGUAUCGUUGAUGAUAUUGCUUUCACGUGUCGAAGAUCGAAAAGCAGUAUUGGGUCUUUAUAAUAUUGCAUUUGAUAUGAUCAAUGGACAUACCGAUUCACAUUUUCCACGAUUAGGCCAAAUGAUUGUUGAUUAUGAACAGCCAAUCAAAAAACUAUCAGAAGAAUUUGUACCACAUUCAAAAUUAUUACAACAAGCUUUAAUAUCAUUAUCUGAACAAUUUUUGGCUCGAAAUAUAACCGCUGUCGAUUGGCGAAAUGAACAAUUAUUCAGUUUGACUGCUAAACCUGAACAAAUGUUGAAUCCGGCGCUUACUUCAACUACCCAAUGCCUUUAUAUGUCUAUGGAUGCUAUGGAACGUUAUAUUAUUUUUGGCUUUCUUUUGAUUCAUCAAUUUUUAAAUCAACAAGAAACACAACGACUUUUCAUGAGUGCUUUGAAAUAUGGCUGGGUGAUUGUAUUAUUCAGAGAUGAAAUAUUACAUACCCACCAAUUUGUUCAACAAUAUUUCGAAACACAUAAAGGCUAUAAUAAACGAAUUUCUGAAGUUAAAGAUACAUUCAACCACGUCAUCAGUAAAGGGCCACAUUUUCACCGAGAAAGACGUAAAUAUCUUCGAACAGCAUUGAAAGAAUUAAGUUUGCUUUUAUCCGAUCAACCUGGUUUGCUUGGACCUAAAGCAUUAUUCGUAUUCAUGGCACUUUCAUUCGCUCGUGAUGAAGUCUAUUGGCUUUUGAGACAUUAUGAAAAUCCUCCAAGUCGUCAAUCGGGAAAGUCUAAAGUUUCACCGGAAGAUCUUAUUGAUCGUCAAUUACCCGAACUUUUGUUCUAUAUCGAAGAAUUACGUGGCUUAGUUCGUAAAUAUAGCCAGGUCAUACAACGUUAUCACAUUCAAUAUCUUUACAAUUAUGAUGCACAUCUUCUUAAUGAAAUACUAAAAAAUAGCCCAACAUUACCUGAAGAUGAUUGUAUCAUAUUAGACAGUAUUCAUGCCACUAUCUCAAAUUUAAAUGAAAGUCAAUUAGAGAGUCAAAUAUUCGAUUUUCGUCCUUUGCGUUUAGAUUGGUUUCGGUUACAAACUUAUACUAGUAUCAGUCGUUAUCCAUUUUUAAUCACAGAAAAUCAUAAUCUUGCUCAAUGUAUGAAUACGAUAGUUUACCAUACUAAAAUGAUUGAUUAUCUUGAUCAAAUGUUAACGGAAACCAGUGACCUAUCUAUUUUUUGCUUUUGUAAUCGCUCAUUUGAAGAUCAAUUCAGAAUGUGUUUGGAAUUUCCAGCACAAACUCGUUAUAUAAUUGCAUUUCCAUUGAUAUGUAGCCAUUUUUUGAAUUGUGUUCAUGAAUUGUGUCCUGAAGAACGAUACCAUAUAGGAGAUCGAUCCAUCAAUUUGGUUAACCUUUUUCUCGAAGAAAUGUCUAAAGAGGCCAAAAAUAUUAUAACAACAAUUUGCGAUGAACAUUGUAUCAUGAGCGAUAUGUUGAUGCCUAAACAUGCAAAGAUGUUUGCUGAACAGAAAAAACUUAAACAGAAAGGUGCUCGAGGAAAUGCUGCAAAUGGACCCCAAGAUCCAAGAUUAGUUGCGAAUGGUUUGGGCCCAAACAAUAUGUAUGUUAUAAAGCCUGGAACGGAAUCAUAUCGUCGCAGUCGUGAAGAAUUGACAACGAUGGAUAAAUUACAUAUGGCUUUGACUGAACUUUGCUAUGCCAUUAAUCAUACUUCAAGUAUACAUGUUUGGGAUCAUACAUUUUCACCGCGUGAAUAUUUGACACAGAAUCUUGAAAAUCGUUUCAAUAAAUCAUUGGUCAAUAUGACCAUGUAUAAUGAACAAACCAAAGAAAUUGCCAAACCAUCAGAAUUAUUAAUCAGCGUCCGAGCCUAUAUGAAUGUUUUGCAAAGCAUCGAAAGUCAUGUUCACAUCGAUAUGACCCGUGUGUUCAACAAUAUAAUGUUACAACAAACGCAAACUCAGGAUUCUCAUGGAGACAAAACAAUCACAUUUUUAUAUACAAAUUGGUAUCUCGAAGUUUUGCUACGUAAAGUUUCCACAGAUCAUAUUGUCUAUUCUCCACGCCAAAAAGCUUUUGUUUCAUUGGUCAUUGAUCCACAAAUGCCAUUCUCAGCGGAAGAAUAUUCUGAUAUUAAUGAACUACGAGCCCUAGUUGAAUUGAUUGGCUCUUACGGAAUCGAUAGUUUGACGGAGAAAAUAAUGUGGCAUAUUGCCAGUCAAGUUACCGAGCUAAAGCGUAUUGUCAACAGAAAUGUCGAAACAUUGAUUGAAUUGCGAUCACACUAUGAUCAACCAGAACAGAUGCGGGAAUUGGUAAAAAAAUUGACCGAUGUCGAUUCUGUCCUUAAACGAAUGACUAUUAUUGGUGAAAUGAUGUGUUUCCGUUCAUUGUUGCAAGAAGCAUUGAAUGAUGUUCUGGAAGAACGUAUACCAUUUUUACUCGGUUCGAUUAAAGAUUUUCAUCAUUCGGCCAAUAGUUCAAUGAUCGAAUUAAUGCAUCUGGAUAAUAAUAAUGUCAUAAAGGCUGUGGAUGAAAUGGCCAGUUCGGCUGGUAUUGAAUGUAAAGUUGAUUCAUCAUUGGUAAAUGCUUUACGUAAUCAAAAAAAUGAUAUCAAACCAGAAGAAAAAUAUCAAUAUGCAUGUCUAUUAAUGGUUUUUAUUGCCGUUUCUCUACCGAAAUUGGCUCGUAUGGAGAAUUCAAUCUAUCGUCCAGAAUUAGAAGCUCACGCUAACAAUAUACAUUGUUUAGCUAAAGCAAUCAAUGGAAUAGCCGGUGCUUUGUUCACCAUAACCGAUACGAAUGAUAUUGAAGAGAGACUUAAAGAAUUUUUAGCAUUAGCAUCAUCAUCAUUGUUACGCUUAGGACAGGAAACUGGCGAUAAAGAAGCGAUUAGAAAUCGUGAAUCUGUCUAUAUUCUAUUGGAUUUGAUUGUACAGGAAUCACCAUUUCUAACCAUGGAUCUAUUGGAAUCAUGUUUUCCAUAUGCAUUAAUUCGUAAUGCUUAUCACGAAGUUUAUAAACACAUUUCAGUCAAUAAUCAUCAAUAA